AUGGUCCGCCUUUGGGGAUGUCGUCUCCCUCUUCUCCUGCUGGGCACUCUCUUGCCGGCUAUUGUCCUAGCCGACCACUCCUUUGAGAAUACUGCUAUUGUGCGAACGGUUGAACUCGGCGGGUCGCUCGUGCAGGUCACUACCACCUAUGCCGUGAAAGCGCUUGAAGAUGGCGCUCAGUUGUAUAGGAUAGCCCUUGGGGAACGAGAGCACCAGCGGACGAGCUGGCUUGAGGCUAAAAUAAAGGGUCAAUCGGCCAUUCUAGCCCUGGAGGAUGCAGGCUAUGAGCCGGAGAGUGGCAUGCACUUCUAUUCUAUUGAGCUUCCGAAGCCGUUGAACCUGAAUGCGACGACUAAUAUCGUCGUUGAGACCGUCGAAACCCACGCAACGUAUCCUUGGCCACGGGAGGCCUCGCAACAAGACCCUCAAUCACUCAAGUACGAGUCGGACUUAUUUAUCCUUAGUCCGUAUAAAACUUCCGUCGAGCGGAUUAAAUUCAGGUCACCCUCACCAGUUAUCCAUUCGUACACUACUCUGGAAGGUUUGGAUGAGUACAACGUGGAGAUUCCUGUGACGAAAUCUGGUGCGACCAUCACCUAUGGCCCAUACAACAACGUUCCAGCGUCAGCUACAAAAGACUUUGUGUCGCACAAACAGUACCCAAUUGCCGUUCACUACAGUUAUGAUGGUCCUGUUCUUGAGGUCACAAAGCUGACUCGCGCGGCUGAGAUUAGUCACUGGGGCGCGAACCUUAACAUUGAAGAUAACAUCCAUUUGCACAACGCUGGCCCAACUUUGAAGGGCCACUUCUCCCGCCUUGAGCAUCAAGCAGCGAAUUUCUAUGGCCGUAAUCCACCUCAUGUGCUCCCUGGUCUGACGCUUCAUCUCCCAAGCGGCAUUCAUUCUGCGUAUUACUAUGAUUUGGUGGGAAAUGUCUCUACUUCCCGUCUGCGCGAGGCUCCUUCUCUGCCGAAUCGUGGGCAAGGGGGUUCAUACAGUGUACUUGAACUCCGUCCACGGUAUCCGAUCAUGGGAGGUUGGAAUUAUAGCUUUACGCUGGGGUGGGAUUCUCCUUUGGAAGACUACGCAGGCUAUGACAAAGCGACUGGGAAGUAUGUCGUAGGCAUUCCCCUCAUGACAUUUAUACCAGGUGCAGUGGUUGAUGAGGCAGAGAUCAAGGUGGUUUUGCCUGAAGGAGCUAUCGGCGUCGACUACAUACCCCCUUUAUCACCCGUGGAGAGCGAGGUUCACACACAUGUCACAUAUCUUGACACUGUUGGACGGCCCGUGAUUGUGCUUCGUUACAAACAUCUUACACACAAACAUGCUGGCACAAUCUAUGUCACAUAUGAGGUUCCAUUUUCGGCCCACCUCAAAAAGCCGCUUGCUGUAGCGAUUGCUUUUAUGAGCCUCUUCGUACUGGGAUUCGCUGUGAAACGUAUGGACAUUCGCAUACAGAAGAAAUAA